AUGAAACACUAUGGCUGUUACGCUCAUAAGUUAAAUUUACUUCUCCAACAAUCAUUACAUCCUGUUGAAGACCUGAUAAAAAAAGUCAAAACUAUAGUCUCCCACUUUAAACGUAGUAACAAAGCAUCACAAAAACUGAUUAAGUAUCAGGAGUUGCAGGGAGCCAAACAGCCUAAAAGGAUCUUGCAGGAUAUUGCUACAAGAUGGAACUCUACGUUCUACAUGUUACAAAGGUUCGUAGAUUUGGAAGAGGCUAUAAAAUAUUCCCUAGCAAUCCUGGAUACCGAUUUGACCCCAUUAAGUUCGGAUGAGUGGGAAAUUUGUAAGCAGUUGUGUGACGUCCUACGCCCAUGUGAAGAAGUUACCAAAGAGAUGAGUAGCGAAAAAUAUUUGAACGCCAGUAAAGUAAUCCCAAUAACAAGGGGUUUGAAGUCUGCUCUUAAGAAAAUUUCUGUUAAUGUUACUAAAGAAAGUGUGAAAGACGUGCUUAAUUCCAUGCUCAAAAGCUGUGAUGACAGAUUUCCGAACUUGGAAAAAAGUAAAACCUUAAGACUUUGCACAUUCCUCGAUCCCCGCUAUAAACAUCACAUGUUUCUAGAAGAAUCUACAACCAUUGAAAUCAAGAAAGACCUGUGUGAUUUAUUAGUUGGAGUCAUAAAUCAAAAAAGAAAUGAACAAAAUCCUGAGGACCUCAGUGAUAAUGAAGUUGAACCAGACCAAGAAACAGAAUCUACCGAGAAAAAGAUUUCAGUUUGGGAUGAUGUUGAGGAAAUAAUUGCUAAAGUGAAACCGAAAUCCAAUCCCACUUCAAUGGCAAUCCAAGAGAUACAAAAAUACAUGGAUGACAGUCCAAUAUCUAGGAAAAAGGAUCCACUGGAGUGGUGGAAAUGCCACAAAAACAUUUAUCCCCAUCUAGCCACAGUAUUUAUUCGGAGCUGUGGCAUUGUCGCAACAUCCGUCCCUUGUGAGAGGAUGUUCUCUAAAGCUGGUUAUUUUAUAAGUGACAGAAGAACCCGUUUAACAACAAAAAAAGUAAAUGAACUGAUGUUUUUAAACACAAACCUAAAGUAGACCAAGACUUUUAAAACUGCAACUCUGGUGAAUCGAGGGUAGGCCUACAGUUCUUCGAAACUCAUUGUUUUGUAUGUAAUUACACCUACAUAAUUAAUAUUAAUGACUCUAGUUGAUCUUUUGAUAUUUUUUUCUAUUAUGAUGUUAUGAAGUACUAUCUUAUUAUAAUUAUGUCAUUUCUGUUAAUUUGUUCCUAUUUCGUAUUUAAUGCCUAAGUAUAAGUUACCUCAAACAAAACAGACUGAUACAUGUUAUUUUUUCUUAAUUUAGAUGUGUUUUUUAUAAUGUUAUUCGAUA